CGAGGCAGGAGGAGGGAGGGGAGGGGAGCGGAGUGAUGGGCCGGCCUGGCUUCUAGGUGGAGUUUGCCACGACUAUAAAGGAACUCCUCCCGCUCGCCUCGCGCCCCUGCAAAGCUCACUCAGUCCCCACCUCGACGUCUCUCCUUCCCAGCCACACGAGCCGUGCAGUCCGCCCCGCAACCCUUCCAGCCUCACCAUGUCUUUCAUCCGAGAGUUCAUGAUGCAGACCGUCUAUCUGGGCAUGCCCGAUGAGUCAGUCUUAAAGAACGAGGGGACAGUGAAGGCAGCACCCAACUUCAGCGCCAGCAGCGAUGCCGCCGUCCUGGACCAAGCCAUCAAGGCCAAAGGUGUGGACGAGAACACCAUCAUUGAAAUAUUGGUGAAGAGGAGCAAUGAGCAGAGGCAGCAAAUUAAAGAAGCGUACCAGCAAGCCAGCGGAAAGCCGCUGGAUGCAGCACUGAAGAAGGCGCUGAAGGGAGAUUUGGAGGACGUGGUCAUGGCCCUGCUGAAAACGCCGGCCCAGUACGAUGCCCAGCAGCUCAAGCUGGCCAUGAAGGGUUUGGGAACCGACGAGGACACCCUUGUCGAGAUUUUGGCCUCUCGAACCAACACGGAGAUUUUGGACAUAAAGAAGGCCUACAAGGAAGAUUACAAAAAGGACCUGGAGGAAGACAUCAGAUCUGACACCAGCGGAGACUUCAGAAAUGCCCUCCUGUCACUGUGCAAGGCCAACCGCACGGAGGGAGUGUGCGACCAGCUGAUUGACAGUGACGCCAGGUCUCUGUAUGAGGCUGGGGAGGGGAGGAAAGGCAAAGACUGCUCCGUUUUCAUUGAGAUCCUCACCGUCAGGAGCGCCGCUCACCUCCGUGAAGUUUUUCAGAGGUACUCCAAGUACAGCAAAGUGGAUGUGGCCAAAGCAAUUGACCUGGAGAUGAAGGGCGAUAUUGAGAAUUGCUUAACGGCAGUAGUCAAGUGCGCUGGGAGCAGGGCUGCUUUCUUUGCCGAGAAGCUCUACUUGGCCAUGAAGGGGUCCGGAACCCGCAAAAACAUCCUCACCCGCAUCAUGGUGAGCCGCUCUGAAAAAGAUUUGAAACCAAUCAAGGCGGAGUACAAGAAGAAAUACAGCAAAACGCUCUACCAGGACAUUCUGGAUGAUACUAAAGGAGAUUAUGAGAAGAUCCUGCUUGCUCUGUGCGGGAGUGAGAACUGAUUUCUCAUUUACUGACGACGCUCGCUCUCAAACAGCUGACGAGGUCAUACAACUGGGUCCAGCUGUGUUUAAAAAAAAAAAAAAAAAAAAAAUAAAAAAUGCUGUCAUGACAUAUAGACAAAUAACAGCAUUGACAAAAGAUUUAUGCCAACUCAGCGUUGCCUCAGCAGAUACACGAUCUUUUAGAGAUUAAUUCUAAACCCAAAACACUUGAAUUAGUCAAAAAUGUGUCGUCUAGAAAAUAGUGUGAUGGAACAGGUGCUUGAAAGAAAAGAAAAAAAAUGAAAAAUUAUUGCGACACUGCAACCAAAAUAUCCUCGUCAUGUGACUAUUAUACUGUGUACCGGUGCAACCGAAGGAGCUUCUGCAAAUAAAAGUUUUUAAAAAAAAAAAAAAAAAA